AUGUCAGAUAUCCCACCUUUGGCCCAGGUAAAGCUGUCCAUUGUCACCAAUAAAAGACCAGUCGCCAGGAGAGCAUGUCUCUCAUGUCGAGAUAAAAAGAUCAAAUGUGAUGGCGAACCUAUAAGUACAUUAUCUGAUGGUCGUCAGAAUAAGAUUGUCACUGAGAAGGUCAGAAUAUGCUCAAAUUGCAAGUUUUUGGGAAUAGAAUGUGUAUUUGUGCAAAGUCUUCGAGGUGGACGAAGGAGAAAGAGAAGUCUUCCAAAGGGUGAUGAACCACCUGUGAAAACACCUAAAGCUCAAUCACCUCAUGAUAAUAAUACCAUUCUGUCGUCCAAGUCUCAUGCCAUUAAUACAACAAAUUCCAAAAAUGACCUAAGCUCCUUCAUUCUAGAUAAAACUAUCGAGGAAAGACAUAGGCAGAAACUCAGUUCUCCAACUUUAACAAACUCUUUCUUCUUGGAAAGUUCCUCAAGCUACCCUGGUCCUUCCUUCGGAAUCGUCCAUUCCUCUCCAAAUUCCCAACCUCCACAUCAAUUCCCUCCUCCAUUCUAUCCCAUACCUGGGAAACGUCCUCCUGGGUUUGGUACCCCACCUCUGCAACCACCACCACCAUCACAGCAGAAUCAACUGCUUCCAGGAGGUGCUCCUCCUAUACGGCAAGAAUAUUCUGCAGCCUAUCAUUUACAGCAUCCUGGCCCUCUGGUUAUGGGUCAAGGCCAAGGCCAUGACCAUCCAGCAUCUUCAAUACUGAGUCCCUAUUCUUCUACCACAAUUCCUCCUCAAUUUCCACCUGGUCCUCCUCCUUCUCAUUAUAAUCCAUAUCCAGUUCUCAACUACAAUUUCAAACUCAGUUCUGCUCCUCAGAGCGAUAUGGGUCCUAAAACUGCCACUAAUGAUCACGAAAAAGCAAAAUCAUCAUCUUCCCCAGAUUCAAAGUUGAACGGCUGGCCUCGGGACCCAUCUAAAACUCCUGCAAUUGAACUUGAAAGUCAACCUUCAGAAGUUGACGGGUUUAAAAACCCACCAGAAAGUGAAAUACCUCCCUCAGAUCUGGUUUCGGGCUAUGGAUAUCCAGGACAACAUCAGCAACAACAUCAGCAGCAAUUACAAGGUGCAAUUCCUCCACAAUCUCACCAAAAUCAACCCCACUUCCAUGGCCCUACUCCACAACCUUAUGCAGGGUGUUGGAGUCGUCAUCAUCAUCGUCAUAAUCAUUUUCAUCAUCAUCAUCAGAUGCAACCUGGUGGUCCACCAGCUCCAGCAGGUCCCUUUGGCUCACAUGGUCCACCAGCUCCUCCCGGCCUCUUUGGCCCACAUGGUCCUCCACCUUCAAUGUAUUAUGGAUUUUAUCCUCAAUCAUUGGGUCCACCUUCCCCAAAUCAGCAUCACCAUUAUUAUAUGUCUCGAGGCAAUGCCUCUCAAAGAGAAGAUUACGAAUAUUAUUCCACUCGACCUGAACUCUGGCCUCCAUCUUAUCCAUUUCCUCAACCACUCCCCGUUACGAAUGAAGAUACCUCAUCGUCUACAGAGCCAUUAACCAAGCAAUCAUUGGAAAGUAAUGGGAACGGUAGUGGGAUGUCCAUCGUUAACAUGGUAGCUUCAGAACAAUCAAAAGCUUUAGAAGAACAUGAUAAUAUUGUUGAAAAAGCAAGACAAUCUGAUACUGAAGCAAAGGUUAAGUCCAGUAUUGGAUUUAUCAACAACAAUACAAGCAGCCCCAAAGCGGUCAAGACUGGAGUGUUACAGGAUAAUGGUAAGGUUACUGAAAGCGAUAAGGCUGCCUCUAACACUUUAAUUUCAACUUCAUCUUCGGAUUCAUUGUCGAUGAAUUACGACAAUUUGAAUUCUUCAGCAUUCCCUCCUAAGGAAAACACUUCAUUAACCAAUGGCACUGUCCUUUUGCAGAGGUCUAAACCGGAGGAAGUUUUAGCUGAAAAGAUCAACAACAACAACAACAACAACAACAAGUAUAAUAAUGAUUCCUUGAAAUCAACUACUACUUCAGUAUCAUCUAGAUUCGAGCUGGAGGAAUUUGAAAUCAAUGUUGUAUUAUCAGAUAAAGAAUUGGCCAAUUAUGAUUUACCACCUUUUGAAGACUUGAAGAAGUAUUUGAAGGUAUUUUACAAGUGCAUCAAUUCGCAAUCACGCAUUUUAAUGGAUGUGAACUCAUUUCUCAGUCAGAUUGCUGUUAGAUUUGAUAGUGCUUCAUUACAUGCUUUGAUUUCUUGUGUAUGCGAGUUGACCAAAGUGAUUUGCAAGGAAGAAACGUUCAAGCAUCCAAUACACGAUGAAAGUCACUGGUUGACUCUUGUGUUUGAAUAUUGGGAUAAUCUUAAUGAUAUUGGAAUGCUAUUAUCGUAUUCGUUGAUUUCGUUAACAAGAACCAUCAGAUCCAGUCAUCCUAAAAGUCUCGAGAUCAAUCUUAAGAUGGCAGAUUUAAUCCAUGAGAAUGGGUUCAUAGAUAAAGUCAAUCACCUUCCAAAGGUUGAGUUGAACAAACGUCAAUUGUUUGAGCGAAGUUUGUUAACAAAUCUUUUAUGGGAUUUCUAUAUUAAUCAUAUAGUUUUCAAGAGGUUAUUACUUAAAGAACCAUUUAAAAAAAUAUCCUAUGUUGGAUUUGAAGACAGUUGCAAACUAGAAAACUUUGCCAUUGAUGAUCUGCAUUUCCAGCAUGUUGGCCAUUGGAAGGAUUUGGCUAAGAAGGGAGAUUCUAUUUCUGACUUUGAGGUAUUGAUAUAUGCCACCAAACGGUUGGAAAGCAUUCUUGAUGUGGAAUUGAAGGGGGCCGAUAAGCUGGAAAGCAUUGAAGAAGAAGAAGAAGAAGAAGAAGAAGAAGAAAAUUCCAUUAAUAAAUUGCCAAUCAUUUCUUACAAGGGACCAAAAACAUCGAUAGGAGAUAGAGCAAACUUUGUUAGUCUUACGGCAUUUGUUACGCAACUGUUCUUAACAUUAAGAGAUAUUUGGAUCUUUCCAUUUUUCAACCAAAAAUGUGAACUGAAUCAUAUAGAUGAAGUUAGUGCACACUUGCUUCGUAACUACGAUGAGUUGGUUAUCAGUAUAAAGGCUAUCAGUGGUGAGAAAUGGGCUACGUAUUUCCAGUUAUUUGAUGUUUCUUUGGAACUUUAUGAAUUGUUAGAGAAUCUGAAAGACGAGCCUGGAAUUCCAGACGAUGGGUUAUAUGUGGCCGCACUUUUAUUUGGCAUGGCAUGUAGCCAAAAGUUUUAUUCAUCAUUCAUUAGUUUUAUUGAUGACCGAACCAUAGUGUUAAGUCAUUUUGGAGGGAAUACUUAUACCCUUCCUGAAUCCUUUGAUUUGAGAGAAGGUGUUAGACAAGAGUUUAAAAGUGAAAAGUUGGAUAUAAGAAUUGAACAACUAAAACACUACGUCAAAUCAAAGCUCCAGUUUGUGUCUCAGGAACGAAGCCAAGCAUAUCCAACUGAAUUAGCAAAAGUAUUGACCACCAAAGACGGUGAUGGAGUGGGCCCCGUACUCUCCAGUAGUCAGAUCGAAUGGCUCACUCGAGAUGUUGAGCCUAAACCAUUACACUCUCAUAACGACUAUUGGCGUACUGUACCCAUGUUGACCGCGUUAAGCAAUGGAGCUGUUAGUAUUGAAAGUGAUAUCUGGUAUUUUGAAGAGCCAUAUUUGUUAACCCGUAAUGGUGGUGUAACCCAUAAGUUCAGUACCAAUGAAGUUUAUGUGGGUCAUAAUCAAGUAUAUUUGAAGCCCAAUAAUACCCUUGAUUCCCAAUAUUUGAGUUAUCUUUGGCAAAUUCUUGAAUAUACUAAUCCCAAAAUCAAUGAUGAAAUUGCCGUCACUGAGGCUUCGGAUGGACAUUUAAAUAGUGUAUUCUAUGAUGCUCCUGAAUUACCCAUGUUUCUUUGGUUUGAUUGCAAGACUAAUGCUUCGUCUACUUUCAAGUAUAUGCAACUGUAUUUGAAACGGUUCUUUGAUAAAGGGUACCUAACGUAUUAUGAUGUUGAACAAGAUAAAAUCAUCCCAGGACCCUUGAUACUUACAUGGACAGGCAAUUUACCGUCGUUCGAAGAAGUAAAUGCUUUGGGAUCUAAGCGAUACUUAUUUCUCGAUGCUCCUCUUAUAGAUUUAGAGGGUCUGAAAACAAAUUGGACUCAAUAUUCUUAUGUUGCCAGUGGAUCAAUGCAAGGUAUUCUUGGGAACGAAGACUUUGAUGGGGCUAAAUUGAGUCCAAAGUUCACCCCUAACCAAAAAUCAAAGAUUUCGGGUGUUAUAAAGGCAGCCCACUCCAAAGGUUUGAAGACAAGAAUCUGGGGUGAUAUUAGUUGGCCAAAAUAUGUAGCCACUGGACACUGGCAAGAAUUACUUAGAUUGGGAGUUGAUCUACUCAACGUUGAUGAUGUUGAAUACGCCGGUAAGAUCUUUUGA